AUGGAUGACGAACUCGGGACACCUGCGCUCCGGCGGAGCUCCACGCGAGCGAAGAAGAUCGGAGCAAAAGUUAGCGCCGUGCUCGCGGACCCCAACAUCCGAGCCCAGGCAGCUCUCGCUCGGUUGGAUGCCCUGGAAAAUGACAACAUCGCCGUAGAGGCGAUCGAUGUCGAUGACGAUGACGAAGCCUCUCUUGACGAUGAAGAACAAGGAUUCAGGGAGAAAAAGGCCGCAAAGGGUACGAAACGCAAGACUCGCAGAGCCAAAGCUCAGGCCAUGGAACGUAUAGGAAACAACAAGAAGACUCCACGAAGUUUUCUCGAAUUGCUACAAGAGGCCAAUUUAGAGUCGCUGCCGGCGCACAUACCAACGUAUCACAAAGCUGCUGUUGGUCCGCCCAGCUCAGGCGCAAGACGACACUUCUGCACCGUCUGCGGCUACUUAGCUCCCUAUACUUGUACACGGUGUGGGGCGCGAUUCUGUUCGUCUCGUUGUAAAGUUGUCCACAAUGACACGCGAUGUCAAAAGUUUCUCCAGUAA